AUGGAUCAACUCGCAGUGAAAACGGAAAAAGUGAAGGUUCUAACUGUCAAGCUGGAGCAUGAUGAGAAGCAGAUCAACAAACUCUUAUCUGAAAAGGCUGUAAUAAAGAAUUGCAUUGCAUAUGUGAACGCCUUACUCUCUGACAUUAUCGAGACUCAUGACUCUCUGAUCACGAUCACAGUUAAGAAACAUCUAGCUGAAAAGCUUAGGCAGCCAUCAAAGAAAGACACCCCGAAACCAGCAGAUAGAACUGUGAACCCAACUGUCAAGCCAAAAUCUGAAAAUGAAACGAAUGUUAAUGUAGCUUCGGGUUCGAAAGGCAAAGGGAAGCUCAAUGAUGAAAGAAUCAUUGAUGAUAGUGAAGAAGAAGAGCCUGAUGAGCAUGAGUUAAAAAGAUGGAAGGCUCGUGAAGCUCAAAUGAAUGAACACAAUCGAAUUGUGAGAGAAUUUGAAGAGAAAGAAAAAGUUAAACGGGAAGCUCAAGUCACAAUGGAAAGCCGAAAGCUUUUAUUUCCAUUGUGGACUUUGGAGCGAAUAAUGAGUGACACUGAAGAUAUUCCAAGCCAAUAUUGGGACAUAAUCUUUAGUCUUGUAGCCAAAAUCUGUGUGGAACGCACACCACUUGGAUUGAUCCUCCCAAGUGUAUCUUCCGAAAGUGGAAAUGAAAGUAGUCUUCCGGCUUUGGAGUCUUCCUCGAGUAGUGAAUCAUUAGCUACGUUUAGAGGGCCUAUAAUCGCGAGUGAAUCCUUUGUGCCCAGAAACUACUACUUCACCUGA